AAACUAUAUAAAUAUGUUGUAAUGGAAACUGGUGCUCGAUUUAUUGAAUGGAGGUAUGGUGUUCCCGAAAAAGUAUCGCGCUGUAACUAGUAACUAUACGAAGUUUCUGAAGAAUCUGCAUACGGAGCAGAUCGCAAAGCUUCACGCUAAAAAUCAGCAUGAGUGCGAUCUGUUGGAAGACCUUCGCACAUAUACCAUCAAGCGGUCCGCUAUAGAGAAGUCGUACUCGGAGGCGCUACUCAAGAUCUCCUCGGCGUACCUCAACAAGAAAAUACCAAAUAUACCCGACAUAAAGGUGGACGGCGCCGAAGAGAAAUGGAACAUGUGGAAUGUAUGGCGCACCGUCCUUGAGGAGAAUGAGAAGUUGGCGCGUGCCCGAUUGGCUGCCGUCGAAGUGUUUCAGCAACAGAUUGCGGAUGAAGCCAAGUUCCUAAGACAGCACAAACUUAAUGUCGCCAAAAAGUGCACAGAUUCACUCGCGCAGGCUCAUAAAGAACUACAAUUAAGUGUGGUCGACAUAGACAAGACCAAGAAGUUGUACUUUGAUGAAGAACACACUGCCCACGAUGUCAGGGAUAAAGCUAAGGAUAUCGAGGAAAAGUUAAAGAAGAAGAAGGGUUCCUUCUUCCAAUCGAUCACUUCACUGCAGAAGAACAGUGCUAAGGUCUCGUCCCGCAGAGACCAAUUAGAGGAAAAGUCCACAGGAGCCAGAAAUGACUACUUACUCAGCAUCUCUGCUGCAAAUGCCCAUCAGAACCGUUAUUUUUUGGUGGAACUGCAAUCCUGCAUGCAAAACAUGGAAUCGGCCGUGUAUGAGAAAGUAUCAGAGUUCCUAACUCUGAUGGGCCGCACUGAACUCCUCACCUGCUCAGCCACUCAGCACUCGUUUGGAAAAAUCAGGGACCAAGCUCAGCAGCUCACCAGAGAAUACAAUUUACAAUGCGUGUACUUAUACUAUCCCGUGUUGAAACAACACAUUCAGUACGAGUUCGAGCCAUGUGACAACGACCCCAUAGACACAGUGACCAUAGAGCAUGACUCUGUGGCACUGACACUGGGCCAGGAGGCACGCAGGUGGGCCACACGAGUGGUCCGAGAGACAGCGCUGGUGAGGGACGCCACCCGUAAACUGCAUCUGUACCAAGCUAUGAGGGAUGCCGGCCAAAAGGUGGAUCCUAACGACCCAAACGGACCAGAACUCGAGGUUAGAAUGGAUGAACUGCGAGCUAACAUACGUCGUUCUGAGACCUCCAAAGCUAAGUACGAGGCCAGACUAGAGUGCUUGAGGACCGGUGGCGCUCCUGUCGAUGAGUGGUUGAAGGAGGUUGAUCUCCUUGCUGUGCAGGAUACACUGCCUCGCAGUAGUAGCCUGCUAAGUGUGCGGACGGAUGCAUCUGGUGCGGCUGAUCAACCCAGUUCCGAUUCAUUCUACGACAGCGACAAUACUGAAGGGGAAGCCGGUACAUCGGGAGGAGUUACCGCCGCGUCCGGUGGUCACCAGCGGACCACCUCGGACUCGCAGCAUGAAGACGAACACGACGAAGAUGUUGAUGCUGUUCUGGAAGAAGAGCGGAUGCGGAUAGAACAACUAACAGUGGGUUGGGACGAUCCCACCCAAGUGAACUGGGGCGAACCGGAAUCCGAUACCGCGGCGCCGGAGACCAGGGAACCGCCAGCGGCACCAUUGUACAAAUGCACAGCAUUGUACUCUUAUACGGCUCAAAAUCCAGACGAGUUGUCUAUAAUAGAAAACGAACAACUGGAAGUGGUUGGCGAGGGUGACGGUGAUGGGUGGCUCCGAGCCAGGAACUACCGCGGCGAGGAGGGCUACGUACCACACAACUACCUGGAUAUUGACAGCGAACAGGUAACAACGACAUCAAGUGCUCCCGGCCUGGUCACCCAGAUAUCGUUCUCUUCAGUGGACUACACGGUAGAGGGAGAGGACGCCGACGUAGUACAAUCCCCGGAUCAAAUAUCCGUGAUAUCGGCGCCAGUCGCGAAGCCUGACGAACCAACAAAGGUGGAGGCCCAGAAACCAGAAGUAUCGAAGGUGGAACAGCUCCCAACUUUGGGCUACUGCUUUGCAUUGUAUGAUUACGAUGCAGACGCUAAUGAUGAGCUAAAUCUGGAAGAGGGGCAGAUAAUUCGCAUCGUAUCGCGCGAUGCUCACGGCGUCGAUGACGGCUGGUGGCGUGGUGAGGCCAACGGUAUUGUUGGCAACUUCCCGUCUCUCAUCAUCGAGGAAUGUGAUGAGAAUGGGGAGCCACUGAGUGGUGGCGAAGACUGGACACCACCAGGUUCUGCACCACCCGUGUUCGCGUCGCCGCCCGGCUCCCCGCCCGGCACCGGCUGCGAGGACGAACUGAUCGUGAAUGAAAACAACAAUACAAAAAGCGCGGCGCCACCGGCGGAUCCGCCACCGCCGCCGCCGGCAGACCUCGGCGACUCAAUGGAUAGCCAGCCGGACUUCAGUUUUAACCUAGAACUCACAAGGAACCAGCAUGAACAGUACGGUACGCAGUUCUCGGCUCCGGACAUUGUCGGACCUGCUACUGUCACCAUAGUUGUCGAUGAGGUUCUGGGUGACAAUUUUGAGGACGAGGAGGAGGACGAGCAGCCACCUCCGCCGCCCCAGCCGAUCAAGCCUGUGCCGCCAAAAGUUGAACUGCCAGACGACUGCGGGCUUGGCGUGGCACAAAUCGUGAUCACAGCCGCCACGCCGAUGAUCGAAGAGCCUGAACAACCGUUCCCACCACCUGAGCCGGAGCCGGAGCCCGAUCAUCACGAAGAACCCGAGCGCAACGAAGACAACGAAGAUGAUUCUUCUCUUUCGGAGCAAACGGCCGUCUGCCUUCGAGAUUCUGAUGAUGGGCCGGCGGAUUCGGCACCCCACCCAGCGUCCAGUUCUACAGCUUCGGAAGGUGAGUCGACGGGGGCUUCAGUAGCGUCCGGUCCGCCAACUGCCCCACAGUCGCCCCCGGCGGCUCCACGUGCAGGCCGAGCCUCUAUUCCUGACGAGUUAGAACCGGCACAACUAGCAAGGCUCACAGACUUGAAAGAGUCGAAUGCUUAAGCCUAAAGCGACCCGCCUACCGUUAAGCCCGGUACUGACGAUGUAUGUAAACGGAUUUCAUAAGUAUUAGUUUAAAUAUCCACGCAUAACUUUUUACACAGAGACUGCACUUUAAAGUACAUUUAGUAGAAAGUUAUUAAUAAAGUAUAAAUUUAUAUUUCCAAGCUAUAUUACCUUGAAGUCACUUCUAUGUAAAGUAGAACAAGCAUACCCUAAGGUAUCCUCCAAAUUGGAAAAUUUUAACAAAAUCUGUUUGACAAUGAACUAUUGUCUCUUAGUUUUCAUUAUUAUUUCAAUUGGUAUUAAAUAAUUUCAGAAAUAAAUAACUACUCUGUAAAAAGUAGUGCGAGAGCAUCUAGCUCAUCCGUUUGGAUGCAUCGUCACUUUCGAGAUUAAGACCAACCGCGUAUUGUGAAAAAAAUUAAAUUAGACAAAUUCUGACGCUCACGUGAAUUCAGUUUGAACUGGAUGAGAGAAUAGGGCAGUCCACGGGAUUUGGUAUGAAACGUCAGUCGAGCGGCGGAAUUUUUCUAUUAGAAAAUGUUUGACAAUUCGCGACUGGACUUGAGCUGGCGCUACUAUGAUCAAUUAGUAUGUGGCCAACAGAUACCCCUAGUAUGUAACCCUGCCUAUAAUCUCCUUACACUACGAACUUUGGCACAUAUUGGUUGAUCAAUUAUGACCGUUUCUCUGCCAUACAACUUUUAAUUUCACAUAGUAUAUAUACUUAUAUAGCAACGCGAUAUUGUUCCAUGUAGUCAAAUAAUAAAUUUUGAUGGCCAAGUUUAUAGUUUCACGAGAUUACCAACAGUGCGUGUAAACAAAUUAAUUUCUAAAAGUUACCAGAAUAUGUACCUAAUUUAGAUAGUUUAUUAGGUAUAAAUUAAGUUUUACUAUUUAGCUUUCAAUCGAAUUUUAUCACCGUUUCGAUUGUACAAUAAUAUAUAUAGUUACAGCAAAAGUUUUGUUAGAAAAUAUUGAUGUUAGAAUAAUAUUGUUAUAACAUUUAAUACUUUGUUACAAUAGAAAUACAUUAUAUCUCUAUUUACGCCUAUAAAACGAUAUGAAAUGUAGGUGCCUAAGUAGUUUACAGUGUGGUUCCUGCUAUAGAUAUAUGUAUUGCCUAUUUGAUUCAGUGUCGAUCAAUUGUUUUAUUUAGUUAUAGAAAAAAUUAACGUUUUUAAGUUAGUCAAAUUAGUCGCCUUACAAAUAAAUUAUAAAAGUUCUCAGUAGAUUCUGUGCGAUAUUAUUUUUUUAGGAUUAGUUCACUAAUAAAUUAGAAAAUAUCUCGAUAUUCUACUAAUUCUUUAUUAAAAUAGUUUUUAUGUUGCGAACAAACUAAAUAAUGCAUCGAAAUCAACUUUCUACAUGUAAGCUUUGUACCUGAAAACAUACAUUCUUAUGCGAAGUGAUAUUAUCAUUGUUCACAUAUAUACUUAGAGAAUUCUAUAGAGUUUUAUUAAUGUUGAAUUGUGUUGUGGUUUUUAUCGAACCAAUAGUUAUAACCGUGCGAGUGAGCCACGCAAGUGGCACCUGUGAUGACAGUGGCGGCAUGGGAUAUGGUAUGUGGCAGUCGCUUCAAGGUAGAGUAAACCAGAAACGACUUUAAUUUGCUGACCUGAGUUAGAGAGGUGAACAUCUCAGAAAUAAUCAAGUAAAUUAGUUAUGAUUAAACAAAGAAUAUUAUAACGAUACGUAUACUUUACCUCACUUAGUAUUUUAACUUUACUUGCAAGUAAAGGAGAGUAUUGUUCUGCGAAUAUUAAUAUUAUUAUAUGUGUAUGUAGCAACUAGGGUGUAGUAAUGCCCCAAAUACUGCCUAAUCAAACCAACUGCCGGUAACAUAGGUCUACUUUAAGCGAAAGGAUAGAACGUUUUAUUUAUGUACCUAAAAUCAUUUUCCAAGUAGGUGGCUCUAACUCACUUGAUCAACCAAUUUAUUGUAUAUGGCGCAGCGAGAAACGGUCAUAACUAUAUGUAGAUGUAUUGUGUAUAUACCUAGUUAAUAUUUAUUAUUAGAUUUAUUGAAGCACGAUCUGUGGACUAGAAGGUAUGAUGAGACGUACGAUAGGCGAUUUGCGACAUGUUCUUCUGGCUUAAGUAUUAUGCAUGACUAGGGUUACCAUAUGGAACAAUUAUAUAUUCUAGUCGGUACAAGCAAUAUUUUUUAAAUUAUUAUAUUAGUUAUUUUAGUAUAAUAUUAAAUUUCAUGAUUAACCAAUUGUAUUGGAAACUCAUUUAAUCGAAAUGCUUGUUCAAAUUGAUUAAUGGAUUUUUUUUUU